CGUCCAGAAGGCUGCUCUGUCCAUUCUGGAGUUUUACUACAGAGAUUUUUCUCUCCACAACCCGGCUCUUCUCUCUGCCUCAAAGCACCGAGCUGCCAAACACCUGGCCGGGUUAAAGGUUUAUAACGUAGACGCCCCGGGGAGCACAGCGGGAGCACAGCCCAGUAAUGGGAAUCAAUCACGUGCCAUGGUUACAGCUGCCGGCAAACGCAAAGACAGCGCCCACAGUGAGCUGUACUACGAGGAGGCCGACUACGAGAGAAGAGUCCGCAAACGCAGAGCCAGGCUGGUCGUUGCCGUGGAGGAGGCCUUCACUCAUGUCCGGAGGAUGAAGAAAGAGGAUGAGCGUGCGACACCGUCUGACAUCAUGGACGUGCGUGAAGCAGCUCUGGCUAUAUUUCCCUCCAUGGCCCGUUCCCUGCAGAAAUACCUCCGCACCACCAGGAGGCAGCACUGCCACAGCAUGGAGAGCAUCCAGAAGCACCUGGCUUUCUGCCUCAUCAAUAACAUGAGCCCUAAGGCCUUCCUGGAGGCUUACUUGGCCCCGGGUCCCACCCUGCAGUACGGCCCUGAGCGCUGGAUGGCCGAUCAGUGGACUUUGGUGAGCGAGGCGUCCGUCACAGGCGGCAUUAAGGAGGGGACAGAGUUCCUGCUGAAGUGUCUAGACUUCAGCUUAGCUGUGACCAUCAAAAGCAUCCCGUACAUCCGACUGACUGAGGAGUACAUCGACCCCAAGUCUCACAAGUUUAUACUGCUGCUCCAAUCAGAAACCUCAGUUUAACCAGAGCUGCUGGACUUACACUGUUAAGAUUACCCUUCUGGAUUUUUCAACAAAAUAAGCUUUUUGUACGGUUUUUGUACUUCUGUUUAUGUAAUUUUCUUACAUAAUGUAUCUUUGUGUAAUUGUCUUUGUCAAAAAAAGACAAUAAAAAGGACAGAAGACAGGAGGGAUUUCUCUGUCCUGACAUCUGCAGAACACUGAUCAGAUUUUCCUCUAUGCACGACGGAUCACACUCUCAAACUUUCUUCUUCCAUAUCUUUGCAUGUGCCAGUGUGUGCCUGUGUGGGAGAGUUCAUGACUUAAGAAGGAGUGUGUGAUUUAGGGUGCAAAAGUUUGUGUUUUAAGUGAAUACCCAGGAUGUGUCACAACGUGUCUCUUCUUCUUCCUGCUUAGCAUUACUAUAGUGACCUGGAAAUUUAAUAUACCAUGAAUCCUUUUAGGUUUUUCUCCUUUUCUAGUAUUUGCAAAGUCUUUUUUUUAACAGUCCUGUAUAACAGAUGUUUGUACAGUAUUUAUAUGUGAAUAUACUUAAUAGACUUUUUAUAUCCAAAUUGUGCAUUGCUUUGAUUUUUUUUAAAACUUGUCAAAGAUUUCCUUUUGGUUUUAACAUGCGCUGUAUUGGUUGAGAUAGCUGGACUGUAAACGAAAGAAGACGUGUUUGUUAUUGUCACAGACAUCAGUGAAAACACAAAAACACAAAAGACUGAAUGCAAAUGAUCAUCAGUUACACUAGUGAGGUGUACUAUGUUUUUUUAAGCCUAGCACUGACACAUUUUUUGAUGCCUAAUGUUUAGGUUCAUGCAGUUGACCUUUUGACCAACCCCUCCUCUCUAUAUAAAUAUAUUCCUGUUCACCACGAGCUGGAAGGAAUAUUUAUUACAGCAAAGAGUUCACACAUUUUUUUCCAAAUCCCUAACCAGUAUGAAUUAUCACUUAUCUCAUUCUGUCAAGUGUUUGAACAAGCAUUUGAGAUGAAUAAUUUACAGUAAAUUAGCUCAGCUCCAUGUCAGUAUUUCUGCUGCCAGUAUUUUGUCUCAGCGUCUCACUACUGCCCCCUAUCUGCAGCGACAGGAACAAAAAAAAAAACAGUCCUGAGCUACAAUCAAACUCUCUCUUUAUCUGUAUAAAUAUUUUAUGUGCAUUUUUAACAAAAAAUAAACCCAGUUUGUAUUUAUGAUGCCUGUCAUGCUGGAAAUGCAUAUUUACAAAAUGUGUUGCUAUGGUUACCGAUGGUGUAGUUUUGUUUAGGAUUUUAGAGUGUAGAUGGUUGUAAAUAGUUGUAGACUACACAUGUGCCUCAGUUAUACAUAUAUAUAGCAUACAUGUGCAGUGUUCAGGUGUGUGUGUGUGAGACUGACUGUGUGUGUGUGUGUGUGUGUGUGUGUGUGUGU